UAUUUUGCAUUUCAAAAAAUUAUAGAGGGACGAAAAAAGUUGCAGACAAGUCUUUGACUACAAACAACAAACAACUAAUCUCUUCUCUCUCUCUCCUCUCUCUCUCUCUCAUGUUUUUUAUAAUCUUUUUUUUUCCUUGAAACUAGAAGAGGAGGGUCUUUCUUGUCUUGGCCUUUUAUAUCAUCUACAACACCUUUCAAGUUUCUUACACAUCCACACGCUUUUCUUCUUCUUCUUCUUCUUCUUCUUCUUCUUCUGUACUCUCGGUUUCUUUUGAGCCCAAACUUUAGAUAAAAGAUUCUUGAAACGUUCAUAGUUUGUAUUCCAUUGGUUUCAGAAAGAAAGUUGUGGGCUUGAUUGAUUUGAGAAAAUGAGUGCUUCAAAGUUCAUUAAAUGUGUCACAGUUGGUGAUGGGGCUGUUGGGAAGACAUGUAUGCUUAUCUGCUACACUAGCAACAAGUUUCCCACUGAUUAUAUACCAACCGUAUUUGACAAUUUCAGUGCCAAUGUAGCUGCGGAUGGAAACAUUGUCAACUUGGGACUAUGGGAUACUGCAGGUCAAGAAGACUAUAGUAGGUUGAGGCCUUUGAGUUACAGAGGUGCAGACGUAUUCGUGCUAGCUUUCUCUUUGAUUAGCAGAGCUAGUUAUGAGAAUGUCCUUAAAAAGUGGAUGCCUGAACUUCGUCGGUUCGCACCAAAUGUUCCAAUUGUUCUUGUUGGAACAAAACUAGAUCUUCGCGAGGACAGGGGUUAUCUAGCCGAUCAUAUGGGAUCUAAUGUCGUAACAUCUGCUCAGGGAGAGGAGCUAAGGAAGCAAAUUGGUGCUGCGGCUUAUAUCGAGUGCAGCUCUAAGACUCAGCAGAAUGUCAAAGCUGUUUUUGAUACCUCUAUUAAGGUUGUUCUUCAACCUCAAAGAAGGAAGGAGAUGGCUCGGAAGAAAACACAAAGACGGUCUGGUUGCUCAAUUGCGAGCAUUAUGUGUGGAGGCUGCGUGGCUUAGGGCAGAUCAAAGCCACGGUAGGUGAUAUUCACUUCUCACUUUUGGAAAAUGGUGUAUUGGUUUGUAAUUUUUAGGAGUUCAACAGGGGCUGAUCAGUGAUAGUUAAAUGAUGUUCUUAUGGAUGUAUUAUAGUUUUGAAUGACAAAUUUUUACCAGUGGUUAGUAAUGGAGGGAAUUUUUCAUUCUCGCAUUUAUUGUGUAGUUGGUAAAUCAUGUUUGGAUGUAAUGGUUUAUGCUGAAGAAGUACUAGACUUUCUUUCUGUGUAUCAAAUAUAUCUUGGAUUUUUCUUUA